AUUCAAUACUAUUGAGAGUGUACAAGCAGAGAUAAUGAGUCAAAGCACUGAAGCUCGGAUAGGUAAUGGCAAAACUGACUAUGCUUCAAAAGAUAUUUGGAAAAAAAAUCAUAAGAAAGCGGAUGUAAAAUACUGGCCUCUCAUCAUACAUAGAACAAGGCGAGAAAAGACACCUUUGGUUUUCCACGAACCCUAUGUUACAAACGGAUACAGACCAAUUAAUUUUCCAUUGAAAAAUUACUUUUUAAGUAUUUUUCAAUUACAUAACGAAUCCUUUAAUGUUUGGACUCAUCUUGCUGCAUUUUUUGCUGUUAUUUACAAAGCAUAUGACUUAUCUAAGGACAUUGACAUGGUCAACGAUCCCCAUGCCUGGCCUAUAGUUACCGGCCUUUUUUGUGCUGGUUUUCUAUAUUUGAGUAGCACUGGAGCUCAUCUACUCCAUUCUAUGUCAGAACUUAUGCACUACACCGCAUUUAUGGUAGAUUACGCAGAUGGCACCACUGGUACCCAUUAUUUGGAAUAG